AGCAUUUGCGGGAUAUUAGAGAAUUACCGUUUUCGCUGGAAUAUGCAGUAGAUGAUCCAAACGAAAAGAUCACUAUACUAAAUGAAUUGCUCCGUAGGUGCAUCGACCAACAUGCCCCACUUGUGCGAUGUAAGAUAACUCUACCUCCUGCUCCUUGGCUGCAAGAUGUGAGCAUUAAACAUCUACAGAAAGAGAGAGAGACCAUUGACGAUUUACUGCCCAUCAAACCCAUGCAUGAAGCAGAGUCUGACUGA